CGACGAUUCUGAAACACUGGGACACGAUGAUCGUCACGGUCACAGUGGUCACUCCAUGACAUGCACCGAAACAUUUCCAAGUUGUGGGUAGAGGACACUUCUUUAGCCCUUUACCCUCGCGAUGACCCUGUCUCUCCACAAACCAGUACCAAGGACAUGAAAUACCGACUGCGUCACCUCUACCAGAAUCCGAAAACCCAUCUCAAGGAUUCCCCGCCCCCAGCCUUAGGCGCAGACGGAGCCACAGGCGACAGGAUCAGCCUGAUCCUGUCCAACCACCGUACACAGCGAAGCCACAGGACGCGCACCUGACGUCUUCCUUGACUUCGUCUUCCUCCAUUUCUUCAGUCACCUCGUCUUGACUUAUACCACGGUUAAUGCGCGCCAUAUGUCACAAUCCUCUGCCCGGUCGCAUGCGCCCGGCAGGAGCGUACACGGUUUGCGAAAUGGAAGACGGGCGUCGAGGGACUCUUCUAGAGUACGAAGGAAGUCCAUCAGUGCAAACGAUGCCUACCUCCACGCCCUCCGAGUGGCAUACCUCUCACAUCUCCUUCAGCCUCGCGCAACCCGAAAGAGACACGUCGAGUCAAAACCUCCAAUAAAUCGUACCGGCACAUCUCACUCCUUUCACGAUUUGAUGAAUGACUUCACGGUGGUUCGAGAUCCCAAAAGUCAAAGAUUCCCCCAUGACUUUAUCAAAGAACUCGAGAAGAGGUUGCAGGGCAUACUUAUUGGCAAGGAGAAACGACCAGAAUAUCAAGAUGCUUUGGUCAAGCGAACAUUUGCCAUCUUCCUCAACACUUUGUCAGACCCUUCAUUCAAGAAGCGAAUGGAGGGAGACCGGAGGGCGGAAGAUCUGGUACUCAUGUUUUUUUCCAGCACUACCAAGGAAUUGCUGAAAGGAAGUCCGCCUGGGGAUGACAGUGUGAAGCGCACGACCGACCGUCAUGUGGCUCUCUUUGUCCGACUCUUAAGCCUUAUCUUGAAAGACAUGGACAAGGUGAAGGACAAGCCUGAAUUAGCAACUCGAUUACAGACACUCGAAUCCAAAUUACUGAAAGGAGACGAAAAUCUGGCUGCGACACAAACAAAUGGACAAACCACAGUCGUCGAGGAGGUCGUACCGGUGAGCUAUCAUGUCAAAGACAUGCCCUUGGUCCUGGUUGUCGGCCAGAUAUUUGGUUUGAGCGCCACCAUGAUGCAGUCAGACCUCUCCAAACACAAGCCUGUCUGGACAGAGAAAGCGGCACUCCAGGACUUGAAAACGUAUCAACAACAUCUCAUGCUUGGGACAAAAUCAACACUGAGUGCCCGCGAUUUCGACACGCAAGAAGCAUAUGAGGCAUGGAAGAAGAACGAAGGACCCGAUCUGUCUCAAAUGAUGCUUGCGAUAAUGCAGUCAAAUCCUGAACUGACCAAAAGUACACCAGGUGGGAGUCUCCCACAAUUCAAUUCUCAAUCCAAUGUUGCUUCGACAGAACAUUAUGCGGACAUCUCCCGGUCUCUUGCUCAAGAUUCCUCCUCUUACGUCUUAGAUCUGCCGGCAGAUCUGAACUCACUUGACCUCAGUUCAGGAGACUCGUCUCCACGCGAUGGUGAAGCCUCGCAUGUUUAUACUUUUAUCCCUGCUGAUACCAGGGCAAUGUUUCGCUAUAUAAUGCUUCAAGCGCUCUCUCACGACCUUAAUGAUAACACGAAUGAUGGAGCAAGCGGUCACUUGUUUACGAAAAAGACCACGGAAUUACUCAACGAAAUCGCCGUGAGGUGGCGGAUACCCAAAUUUACUCGAAUUGUGCUUUUCCUGGAUGUUGUACGAGAGAAAUUUGUUGAGCAAGCUAUCAGCCUGGAAAUGCUGGAUGCAGCCUUCAACUACGUGAAAGAACCUCAGCCGGAGGAUCCAAAGAACAAGAGAAGCUCUUUCAUCAUGAGCUCGGCUCUAUACGACAGGUACAAUUGGACGAUUACUGAUUUCGCGCUUAUGGGCAAGAUCCUCAGUGCGCUAUACGAGGCGCUGCUGCGGGAUCUUUACGGCGCUAUAAUGACUUCAUAUGCCGAGAAGCCUCAGUUACCGAAGCUGGGUAUGAUCUUGGCCAUAUUGGACGAACACAUAAAGAAUGAUCCAAAUUUCACCCAAAACCACAAUGACACGGAAAACUUCAAGAAUGCUGUUAUUGAUGGCCUAGCGGCUGAAGCUCGACGGAUAUACGAUGAGCUUCUAGACCGGGAAUUGCCUCAACAAAGCGAAAGCUGGGAGACCUACCAUAUUCAGCAAGUUGCAAAAGCUGUGUUGAAGCUCGCAGAGAAAGUCCAAAAGAGGUUUCGAAAGAAUCCUGAAAUCCUGGGCGUCAAUCCAUUGAUGAUCUUGCUCAACUGCACACUACCGGCAUUUGCUCAGGACUCGAAGGCUAUGGUGGAGCAGAUCUUGGAUGGUCAAACAGACGACCAGGAAAUUCCCAUCCAGGACGGGUUUGAUCUCUACAAGGAGCUUAGCGAAUUCCGUCGAGUUCAGGCUGAUGCUUUGCCCCAUGUCACAUUUCCAUACAAGCUUGAAGAUCUUUUGGCCGAUUUUGUGUGGAGAUGGAUUCGAACGACAGAAGAACAAGUCAUUGGAUGGGUUGAAAAUGCGGUCAAACAUGACAAGUUCACCGUAAGAACAGAAGGCGCAGAGCAUGUCCCGACCGAAGAUGAACGACAUUCGACAUCUGUACUCGAUAUCUUCCAGUCGUUCAAUCAGGUUAUUGAUCAAAUCAGUCAGUUGAACUGGGAUGAUGACCUAAGCUAUGCCAAAUUCAUGACGGCUUUGUCCAAAGCCAUUGGCAAUGGCGUUGCAAGAUACUGCGAGCUCCUCGACCAAAUGUUCAGUAAGGAGAUGGACAGACUAACCCCCGAGCAAGAAGCUGCGGCCAAUAUGACAAGACAAGAGAAGUGGGUGCAACUGGCAAAGGAUACCUGGAACAACAAGGAGAGGGUCGAGCCUUUCCAGUUCUAUCCCGAAUCCUUUGUCAAGUUGAACGACAUAUCGUUUGCAAUCCAACAAUGGGACAAGCUGGAGCAGGAGGUGAAUGUUGACGCCUGUGCAGAAGUAGUGAAGAAGUAUGCUCCGCCUGCUGCUCAGAAGCAACGAAAAACGUCGAACUAUGUCUUCACCAUUAAGAUUGUGGAAGCCGAAGAUCUCAAGGCGUGUGAUGUCAAUGGAUAUAGUGAUCCAUAUGUUGUGUUGACGGAUGAGUACCAGAAAAGACUGUUCAAAAGCAGGAUCGUCUACAGAAACUUGAAUCCUCGAUGGGAUGAAUCGGUGGAUAUCACGACCCAAGGGCCACUGAAUCUCAUCGCAACAAUCUGGGACUGGGAUGCUGUUGGCGAUCACGAUUAUGUUGGGAGGACCUCGCUCAAAUUGGACCCAUCUCAUUUCAGUGACUUUUUGCCUCGAGAGUAUUGGCUCGAUCUUGACAGCCAGGGAAGAGUCAUGGUUCGCGUUAGCAUGGAGGGAGAGCGCGACGACAUCCAGUUCUACUUUGGCAAAGCUUUCAGAAACCUCCAGAGGACGCAACGAGACAUGACCAGGAAGAUCACCGACAAGCUUUCUGCCUACAUCAGUCAUUGUCUCUCCCGAAGAGCCCUGCGGACUCUACUCAAUAAAGGCAUAUCGAUCUCGGCUGUGUCUUCGACCAUGUCCUCUUAUUUCAAUCGAAAUCGUGCAUCUGUGAUUCCAACUUCAACUAUGCCGACGGAUGCAGAAAUAGUCAAUGCUCUCAAACCACUUUUUGACUACUUCGACGACAACUUCGCCAUCAUGCAGAAGACUCUCACCCCGGAAGCAAUGAUUGCAGUCAUGACGCGAAUAUGGAAAGAAGUUCUCGCUACUAUCGAGGGGCUUCUCGUCCCUCCUCUGUCCGACAAGCCAUCCCAACAGAAAGCCCUCACGCAGCAGGAACUGGAUAUCGUCUACAAGUGGCUGCAAAGCUUGUUCGAGUUUUUCAAUGCUGUCGACGAGGAGACAGGUGAAGCUAACGGCGUGCCUAUCAACGUCUUGAAGAAUCCUAAAUACCAUGAACUCCAGAUGCUCAAUUUCUUCUAUUUUGAGCCUACGGAAAGUCUGAUUCGGGAGUCCGAAAGAAUGGCUUCCGCAACAGCUGCAACCCAGCAGAUGCACCGGUCGAGGGUCUCCGCACCACCGAGUCUCGGAGCUGUCGGCGGUGGAGGCUUGCUGAACCCAGGGACCAUGGCUGGCGCAAGGCGUGCUAAGAGCAUCAUGCUCAGCCGGAAUCUGGGUACGAUGCGAAAAGCCAAAGAGGAGAAGUGGAAGGCUGCUCAGGCCGAGCCAAGUGAUGACAUGAUUCUUAGGAUUCUCAGGAUGAGGCUAGAAGCAGGAGGGUAUCUCAGGGAUCGGUCACGACAGAAGGAGCGUCUUGCUGCCGCUGCGGCUGCAGAGAUGAUUGUGAGACAAAGUCUGCUUGCUGGUGGUGGGCGGAUGACUGGGCUAAGCGUGAUUAGGAGGUGAAACAGCCAUUAGAGAUUUUACGAAGGGUUUGCGCGGUGCUGUGAUGGUCAUUAGCAAUAUACAAGGUCAUAGCGGGCAAGCGUUGUCUCCUAUCGAGGCUUGUGUCAUAUAAUAGCCGGUUUGGCAGUCACGAACGCAUUUCAGCAAAGUGCAUAAAUAGGGAAGCGGGCAAGCCAGUUCAUUUUAGCGGAGCUGGUUCGAAUGUUGUUCUUCAAGUGGAACAUUGUGUGUUAACACCGCUCACAGCACGAAGUAAUAGGACAUAACGAUGCUCAGCUCUUCCGUCUUGAUCAUGAUUUUUUCACGUCGCGUGCAUCAAUGCAACAACAUUUGCAUUGGCCAGGCCAGUCGUUUCUAACGAGGCUGUCGCAGUCGACAUUGACUUUGACCAAUGCCAAGAUUUCACGCGCCAAGCAUCGGCCAUUUCCCAACGCCGACAUUCGGGGCACACAUUUUUCGUCG